UCGCUGGUCAAUCAUGAUAAUAUUGUAAAGUUAAUAGGUACUACAAAAGAUGAGAAGGAAAGAAUGGCCAUUGUAAUGGAAUACGCAGAGUGUGGCUCUCUUCAUAGCUUACUGCACAAUAAGGAAAAUAGGAACAUUGAUUUACCACAUACACUGCGCAUUAGCUGGAUGCUGCAAUGUGCAGAGGCCAUUAAAUACCUUCAUGAACUUAUUCCAAAAAUUCUUCAUCGUGAUCUAAAACCAAAAAAUCUACUGCUUUUCAAUAAUUGUCGAACAUUGAAAAUAUGCGAUUUUGGCACAGUGAAGAAACUGGAAACCAUUAUGUCUUAUGCUGGAACUGUUAGUUAUAUGGCACCAGAGGUCUGUGAAAGGUCAUACACUGAGAAAUGCGACGUAUAUAGCUUUGGUAUUACAUUUUGGGAAGUAAUGUCAAGAAAGAAACCAUUCUACCACUUGGCAGUAAGUGCUGAAAUGGCCAUUCUAUUUCAAGCCACAAAAGGAACUCGACAUUUAGAUGACAUCCGGAAUACUCCAAACUCCGAGCACACAAUAGAACUUAUAGAACGCUGUUGGAAUGGAGAUGCAGAGAAACGACCGACAAUGCUAGAAAUAAUAAGUAAUAUUAAUAAUUUGUACCCAAUUAGGGAUGUGGAAGAGCCUAACUUAAGCCUGAAAAUACCAGACAAAAAUGAAGUUAACAGAUUGAUUGAUGAAGAUAUCAAUCCAAUUCAUAAAGAUGAAUGGAAAAAUAUUACUAUAGGAGAGCACAUAGGAUAUAGUAGCUUUGGAGAAGUAUAUAAGGCUCUCUGGAAAACUGAGAAGGGACCGAAGAUAAUUGCACUUAAAAGAUAUUACCCUUAUUAUUCGAUCAAGUCUAAAUUAACAAUAUAUAAUUCACAACUAAAGCAUGAUCAUAUUCUAAAAUUAUAUUGUAUAUCCUUUGAUGACAAUAGUAGACCUAUUGCACUUAUAGAGUAUGCCGAUUGCGGAACUCUUUAUAGUGCUGUGUAUGAUUGUACAGUGAAUAUUGUUAAUAAUGCAUAUGAAACGUUUUCUUUAAUGUGGAUGUGGCAUUGCGCGAAGGGUCUCAAAUUUCUGCAUGAACAAAACAUUAUUCAUCGGAAUAUAACUACAACGAAUCUGCUUCUUUUUAGCAAUUAUGAAACCCUAAAGUUUUCACUAUCUGAAACAAUGAGGACAGAGAGUACAUUAAUGACAGAAUUUGUUGGAGCUUUUGAUUAUAUGGCUCCAGAAAUUUUUGAAGGGAUGCAAUACACCAAAAAGUGCGAUAUCUAUAGCUUCGGGAUAAUUCUGUGGGAGGUGAUGUCACGAAAGAAACCGUUCUACGAUAUGACAGAGCUAAAUCCAUUUGCUAUAUAUAAAAAAAAAAUGAAGGUCUUCGUCCAAAUAUAAAUGAUGUCUUCGAAAUUCAAAAUUCGGAUGAGAUAAAAAUGUUGAUUACAAACUGCUAUGAUGCUGAUCCUCAGAAACGACCUUCUAUGGAGGAAUUAUGGAAAAAUAUUCUUUUUAUUAAGAGAACGGCAACCAAAUUUUGAAUAUUAUGUAAAGGAUUAUUA